CUCGCCAGUGUACUACUCUAACCAACCCAAAAUUUGUGAUUCUCUUUCUUUUCUUUCCUUUUCUCCCCACACAUCAAUUAAAUCUUCGAGGAUCGGCCGACAAGAGUAAUUAUUCAAGAUGUCGGACGUAGAAGACAACAACAUUCCCGAGGUCGUCGAGGAGGUCGAGGUUUCCGGCGAUGCCCCCAAGGGUCAGAUGUCCGUUCAGGAUGCUCUCAAGGGUGUCCUGAAGCUGGCUCUCAUGCACGACGGUCUUGCCCGUGGUCUCCGUGAGGCUUCCAAGGCUCUUGACCGUCGCCAGGCCCACAUGUGCGUUCUCAACGAGAACUGCGAGGAGGAUGCCUACAAGAAGCUCGUUGCUGCUCUCUGCGACGAGCACAAGAUCCCCUUGAUCAAGGUCCAGGAUGGCAAGCAGCUCGGCGAGUGGGCUGGUCUCUGCGUUCUUGACCGCGAGGGUAACGCCCGCAAGGUCGUCAACUGCUCUUGCGUUGUCGUCAAGGACUGGGGAGAGGAGUCCCAGGAGCGCUCUGUCAUCAUGAACUACUUCCAGACUGCGGAAUAAACUAAGGCUUAAACAACGGCGUUGAUAUGAAGGGUUUAGAGGAGCGAGUCUCGGUUUGAGACCUCCAUGGAAACUAUUGUUUUUGUACUCUAGGCACUUCUUUUGGCAUUUGGAUUGGUCCGGUCUUUACGUUCAUGACGAAAGAAAAAUAAAAGAAAGUCUCUUUUU